AGUACCAUACAAGUACUGUUACGCUCUCCGCUGCUCUCCCGUAUUCGCUCGCAUUCAUGCAGGCUCGAAGCGCUUGAAGCGUCGCAGGUACCGUAUCAUAUCGUGUCGUGCUGGGCCGUGAAACGCGACCCUCGCGAACGACACAAAUUCACAAGCACCGAUAGAUUGACGCUGCGCAUCUGGGAUGCCUUCAAAGGCUGGUACCUGCAGUUCGACACUUAAUUUUGCACUGCCAUCCAGUGGAAACAGCUGGAAGUUCUGACAUAGAGUGCCAAGUAUGAAGCGAUCCCGUUCAGAAGCAGGGACUGGUGUAGGCAGUGGGAGAACCAGUCCAUCACUGGGGCUAACACCAGGCUCAGGAGCUCCGAUGAUGCUGUAUUCUUGGGGUCUAGGGCCCAAUGGAGAGCUGGGCCUCACACAAGGAAAAGAUGGGGUGGAUACUGAGACGCCAGUGAGCCAGCCGGAGCGAGUGAGGCGUUUUGGCACACGGGCAGUGCGAGAAGUUGCUUGUGGCCACAAGCACACCCUUGUUUUGCUAGCAAGUGGAUCUGUCUACAGCUGUGGUGCCAAUGACUUCGGUCAACUAGGACAGGAUCGCUCUAUGCGCAAGCUGGAACAAGUGGCUGCCCUUGCAGCACAUGAGAUCCGAGCAGUAGCCUGUGGGGAAGCACACUCACUGGCCCUUAGUGAUGCUGGUCAAGUGUUUUCUUGGGGCUGCAACCGCAAUGGUCAACUGGGCUGUGGAACAGAGGAGGAGAGUCGUUUGCGGCCCAAAGUGAUCAAGAAGUUGGCCACCUUGCACAUUGUGCAGAUUGCAUGUGGUGCAGUGCACUGCCUUGCCUUGGCUAACAAUGGGGAGCUGUUCAGCUGGGGUGGAAAUACUUCUGGCCAACUUGGCCUUGGCAGGGACUCGACAGGAAACGAGCGAAUGCCACGUCGAGUGACCCACUUGGUAGGUGUGCCUCUUGCCCAAGUGGCCUGUGGGGCCACGCACAGUGUUGGCCUGACGCCGUCAGGUACAGUCUUUGUCUGGGGACGCAACAGCUGCGGCCAGCUAGGUUUGAGCGACCAGAGGGAUCGGGUGCACCCAACCGUGCUCAAGCCUCUCCGCUCCCAAAGAAUCAAGCACAUUUGUUGUGGAGAGAACCACACCGCCGCCCUCACUGCGGAUGGAGGUGUUUUCACAUUUGGUGCGGGCACCUAUGGGCAGCUGGGUCAUGGAGUGAAAGUGAAUGAAGCAGUACCACGGCGCGUUGUGGAACUUAUGGGCACUGCUAUCACUCAGCUUUCAUGUGGCAGGUGCCACACUGUGGCUUAUGCUCCUCAGUCGGGAAAGGUGUACGUCUUUGGCCUGGGCAUGAGUGGCCAGCUGGGAAAUGGGAUGCUAGAGUCCUCUGCCUUGCCUGUGACCGUUCCGGGAUUAUGGCAUGGUGUGGCACACCCUUCUCAAACAAACAGUUCUCCUAGUCCCCAUCCACAAACUUCGCAAAUUGCUGCUGAGGCCAUGCCUGUGGAAGACUCGUGGUCCACAAACCACUCUGAUGCGGUGUCUGGCCAAGACCAGGGCACACUUGUUCCACCUUCUGCAACCCGUGAUGAGAGGCUGACUCCUGACAAUGUUAUAGCGGCCGACCUGGCCACCUUGGACACAUCGGAUGCCGAUGACACGGAGUCCUCUCAAAGCAGUGGUGUGUCUACAGCAGACCCUGAUGCACCACUGGUGGUCUACCGAGUAAUUGCAGGAUGGGACCGCAAUUUCCUUCUUUGCCACGAAUACAAGCUUUUUACGCAGGCAGAUGCCCCUCGUCCAGUGGACCAGCGUUUCCAUCAAAAGGAAACGCAGAUCUUGAGCCUGGACAACGACAUUCUCGAACAGUUACCAUUUCUUGCAGCCACAGAACAGGUGCCCCAGGAGUUACUUGCCUAUUUGGAGACCGUUUUUGCUUCCUGUGCCUGCCUUAAUGCAUCGUACUUGAAAGAAGACGACGGACACUUCAACUGCAGUGAGCUCAACCCUGGUGUGGACUUGGAGGCAGCACGCCACGGCUUCCACUGUAUUCAGGAUGCCAAAAACCCGUCAGUGCCAGAAGUGGUGGGUGCAUGCCUUGAGGAGAUGGUCAAGGGCCUGGCUUCAGGCCCCUCAGACAUUGAGGCUAUGCGUGUCCUGCUGCUGCUGCCACAGUGCCACUUUUUCAGAAACCUUAAUCACUACCUGGAGACUCUUGUGGGCAAAUACUGUUUGUGUGUCUCCCGCCUUAGCACACGUGCUGCUGACGUCUUAAGUAAAUGGUGGUCCCUUUUGACUGAAGCUCAGUUUGAAGACCUCCUGACGAUAUUUAAGGAAUGUGUUGUUUAUAUUCUUGCCCAUCAGAUGCAGAUAAAUCUAAUUAGAUUGCAGUAUCUUCACCUGCGGUUAACUGCUCAAGAGACAAAGAAGAACCACGGACACCUCAAACUGGCCCUGGAUAUCCUAGCCAAGCUCAACAAAGUGAACAAAGAGUGUGGUGGCUUGGUUUCAUAUGAACACUUCUACAUACCUGAUGUCACUGAUAAGGUGGAUGUCCAAUUAGACUAUAUCCAGUGGAUUCAGGAGGACAGUGGGGAUAGGAGCAAUAAGGUGUACUUCUGCGACUACCCAUUUGUGUUCAACGCUCAAGCCAAGACGCUCAUUCUGCAGACAGACUCUCGUAUCCAGAUGCAGCAAGCAAUGGAAUCAGCCUGUCAGCAGACAAUUGCCAGUAUGAUUUUGCCUGUGGUGCCACCUUCUAACCCAUACUUGGUGCUGUAUGUUGGGCGGGAAAAUAUUGUUAAUGACACUCUAAACCAGCUUGCUGACCAAUCUGCUGCAGACCUCAAGAAGCCUCUAAAGGUUCAAUUUCACGGAGAAGAUGCUGUGGAUGCUGGAGGUGUUAAAAAGGAGUUCUUUCUCCUGCUGCUGAAGGAGAUCUUGGAUCCAAAGUAUGGAAUGUUCACAGAGUACCCAGAGUCCCGGUGUAUAUGGUUCAACACUCAGAGUUUUGAAGAAGAUGUCAUGUACUACCUGAUUGGCAUUGUCUGUGGUCUGGCCAUAUACAACUUCACCAUCAUAGCCCUGCCCUUCCCACUGGUUCUCUACAAGAAGCUUCUCAAGCAGAAACCAACACUGAAGGAUUUGCAAGACCUCUCCCCUACAUUAGCCAAGGGUCUGCAAAACCUGUUGGACUAUGAUGGAGACGACCUGGAAAACGCAUUUUUUCUAACGUUUGAGGUAUCAGUAGAGCACUAUGGUCACACACUUAGUCAUGAGCUCAAGAAAGGUGGCAGCCAUAUUAAGGUCACGAGAGAAAAUAGGCAGGAGUAUGUGGAUCUCUACGUGGACUUUGUCCUCAACACAUCAGUCAAACACUGCUUUGAGGCAUUUUCUCAAGGCUUCUACAAAGUCUGUAGCAGCAAAGUCCUGGACUUGUUUCACGCUCAAGAACUAAUGGUCUUGGUGGUUGGUAGUGAAAAUUACAACUGGAAUGAACUUGAAAAGAAUGCUGAAUACAAAGACGAGUUUCACAAGAACCAUCCAACUGUGAAAAUGUUCUGGCGAGUCUUUCAUAGCCUUGACUAUGAGGAGAAAAAGAAGUUUCUACUUUUCCUGACAGGAUCAGACCGAAUUCCCAUCCUUGGAAUGAGCGAGAUCAAGGUUGUCUUGCAACCAAUGAAGGUGGAUGACAGUCACCUACCUGUGGCCCACACAUGCUUCAACUUACUUGAUCUUCCAAUGUAUUCAAGCGAAGCGGUAAUGCGGGAAAAGCUGCGACUAGCCAUCCAAAAUGCCCAGGGCUUCGGUCUUGUAUAGCCUUCUUGUCUAUAUCUGAUGUCUGAGUGGGCAGUACACAAAUGGAACACCUGAGAUGUGUGUGAGCAUUUUUUUUUUCGCUUGCAUCCGUGUGGAAUGGGUGAAUAAAGCAGAUAUCUGAGCAUCACAAGUGAAUUUACUUACAGCAGCUGUAGGAGCACUGGAUAUGUUUAGCUUUGGCUCACAGAGCAGUCAUAGGCCACAGAUCCACAGGGAGUCAUAAGCACUCGCUUACAGAAAGUACUAGAAGUUACACUGUGUUUCAGUCAAGAAGACUUGCUGUGGAAUGCAGUACAGCUAAGCUUACUUGAUUUUAAAAUUUAGCCCUUGUUGCUGUCGUUAUAAAGUACACUUACCAUUGCUUAAUAUGUAAAUGAAAGUGGCACAUUGCUUGUUAAGUGCCAAAUUUAGUGAUAUAUUUUAAUACAACUGCUUUAAACAUUCUGAACACAUUUUGUUCACUGUCAAGCAGCAAUAUUGAAAUGUGUUGAUCAGUUUAGUAUUGAUAUCAGCACAUUUGUAUGUACUUCUGCAUUGAGCUGCCCAUAGGCAUUGAAGCCUCGAGCUCUUUUGUUGCACAGUGGAAAAGUUUACAGAUGCCGAUGUCGAAACGCACCGAAAAAAAAAAAAAAAAAGCCCAAAGAACUUUAUUUUAUACACUUGGCCUUAUGGGCUUAUAAUCCACUCUGUUGUGAUUGGCUAGCAGACUGCUUGUUGAUUUUCAAUUACUUUCAUUUGCUACGCUGUUCUUACUGGCAUGCAGCAUCCAUUUUAAUUUAUUUGGGUAUGCAUGAAUAACCGUGUUGAUUUUCUGAUGCUUCAUGUGUUCUUUAUGAGCCACGUGUUUUGUCUAAGGUUUUUGCGUUUGAUCAAAGUCUGGAAGUAAGGACGGCCUUUAGUUUUUUUUACUUCGUUAGAGAGUGACUGUUUGCAUGUGUGUUGCACAAGCGGCACGUUUUGUAUAAUGUUGUUGUGUUUGAUGCAAGGUUCAGAAAAUAAAGUCUUUUUCUCUAA